GAAACUGGCCUGAGACGCCAGGAAGGCUGGGCAGAGCAUGAAGCUAAGCGCCCGGAGUUGAGUAUCCGCUUAUGUAUAUUUGUUCAUGCAAACACGGGAUUGAUUGUAUCAGUUUCCAUCAUACGCGCCCGCCCCCAACACCAGCAUGGAGGGAGAAAAGGGUAUAUAUAUAUAUCUAAAGGUGCUCUCACCACUCUCUGUUUCCUUGCACAGAACACAGUCAACUUCAUCAAGACAUCCAAUUCUCCAAGAACUUCCACAAACAACAUCAAGCUCAAGAGUUACAUCCAGGUCACCAUGCCCAAAACCCUUACGUUGGUCUGCUACAAGCAGUCCCGCUUCUUCCCUGAGAAUACUGCGCACUGGGGGCUGUAA